AUGAGAACCAUGGACGACAACGUGACAGCCACUGAAGACCGGUUCCCAAUACGUCUCGAUGGUCUUGGUUCCAUUGGAAGGCAAUCCGACACUGCAGGCCGCAAGGGCCGCGUAGCAUUGGCCUGCAAACGAUGCAAGAGACGUAAACAGCGGUGUGAUGGCUCGCAUCCAACGUGUAAGUCCUGCGAAAGAGUCGGUACUCCAUGUAUCUACGAGAGAACAAUCCGACCGCAAUACCCAGGCGGCAAGACACUAUACAUCAAUGCUCUUGAAGAGCGUAUCGCGUUCCUUGAGGCAAGAUUGCCAGAUCAUGCGCAAGAUCAUUUUGAGACCCUCGCGCCUUCUUCUGUUGUUGAUGGUCAAGAUCAUGACGCUGUCAAUGUUCAGACUUAUCCUGAGUCUUCGUCAUCGCACCGUGGUUCUGUAUCUGAAGAUCUGGAUGGCUAUGAACGCAAUUCUAUCAUUGAUGGCGUCGCAUACCUCUCACUCUGCGCCUCCGGUACCGCAGAAGCAACACCCGAUCCAUCAUAUCUGGGCUCAAGUUCUGGCGCUGCCAUUGCUCAAAUGAUACAGCGAUCAAUAUUCCAUAACUCCAGAAAUGGCAUCACUCGUCCGAGCAAUUUCCCAAGACAACCCAAUCCCUCUGUCGACCCAUAUCUCGAAAGCUUAGCACCUGCACUACAUCUUCACCCUGAUGAACCAUCCCACGGCUUUCCCUUCCCAGAUGAAGCUCGUCAUCUCUUCGACAUAUUCUUCGAUCGAAUGCAUACCCGAUGGCCAAUCCUAGACAGGAAGAAAUACACUGAGCUUUUCGAACUCCAGUAUCAGCAGGGCGCUUUAUCCAUAACCCAAAGAAGUAUCAUGCAUCUCAUCUACGCUAUCACCGCGCGGUUUGAACAGCUUACUCGCAAGCCAUCACAAGUCGAUCCCGAAAAACAUUUACUAGCAGCGAUUGAACCAAUGGAUCACAUCCUAGAACAGCAUAAUCUUGCUACUGUUCAGUUCCUCUUGUUGCUAGCUGUUCAUGGACAGAGAUCACCUUAUGGGGCUGGUGCUUGGAGUCAAGUUCGCUAUGCGGUUUCUCUCUGCAUUGAGCUUGGUUUGCACCGUGAGCGGCAAGGACCACCGCCUAGUGCAGAUAUAGCGAGAGACUUGGAGAUUCGUCGACGAGCGUUUUGGUCGUGUUAUUGUCUUGACCGGGGGACAAGCGUGGUGCUUGGUAGGGCGUUUGCGAUAUCUGAUAGAGACAUCAAUGUUUCGAUGUCAAACCCUGGACGAGAAUAUUGGGACUUGACGCAUGCAUUAUCUCCGUGUGACGAUCAUGCAGUGGAGUGGUGCAACAUCGAACCUUUCAUUCAUAUCAUCAAGCUCGAGAAGAUCCAGUCCCGCAUUCACCGCACUGUUUUUAGGGUCGAUAAGGAUAUCUUCUCUGGUCCAGUUGAAGAACGCGUCAAGCUGGAUCAAAAGAUGGCUUCUAUACGAGCAGACCUCGAUAGAUGGAUUCAGACGACGCCUCAGUCGCCCAAAGAUAAUGGCAAGAUCACUUGGCUAUACGAUCCCGAGAGUACGAACCAGGAUGCUGGUGACUUUUACAGUCUCUGUUUCGUCGCUGGGCUCACUCUGAUGUACUGUAUCUGGAAGGACAAGAGCCUAUUCAGCUAUCACGUUGUCGAGGCUACGCAAGCAUGCUCUCAGAGUCUCACUGUCUUUGGCGAAAAGUGGGCUGGCGCCGUCAAGUACCGCGAUAUCUUUGACGCAUUAUCUGGUAGUCUUCUAAAGACGCUAAUGAGCCCUGGUGGAUUGUCUGGUGAUACGGGAAUGGGUGCACAUCAGACUCCCCCUCUGCAGGCCAAGUUCGAGCGGCCGGGUUACAGCGCCAGCCCAGGGUUAUCGUCUCAUCAGUCCGGCGCCACUUUGCAAACUAGCAAUGAGGCAGACGAUGUCACAAUGCGUGAUCUUGUUUCGGACGCCGUUAAAGAGGCCUUUAUGGAGGUUGAUGAGGAAGCACCUGGUGGUUGGCAUGGCUGGCACAUGUGGAACGAGAUGCUAGGUGAAGAUCCUAGUGCUUCAGAACUGUCCACCUCAAACGUGUUCUCUGGAGCGGCGAAGGGCUGCAAAGAUGUUUGGAACUUGUCGCAGGGAGACUUGGACCUGAGCAGAGGUUGGGACUUCAGCGGACAGUGA